CCCUUCAACGCCGUUUCCGUGCUCGAAACACGGGCCAAGUCCUGCUCCCCUCCCAGAUGGCAGAUUCCCGACAUCAGCGGUGCGCUCACCGGUUUCCCAGUGCUACACCAGCCCGCCCUGCCGCGAGCGCUUCAAGUGGCGACGCGCCGGUCCCAUACUCUCACCAUCGGUAUACGAAAGCAAGACGGGACCCACUCAGUUAUGAGAUUGAGUAGCUGAUGCCUUUGUCGUCCUUUGUUCCUCGUGCUCUCUCCUCAUCCACGGAGUCAGUCCCGUCACCGGCCUUGCUAGAUAUAAUUCCAUCCGUCCGCGCCUCCCCUCGAAGCCGAGGGAGAUCAUGACGCUCCACCACCGCCAAUUGGCACUCGUCUCCCACCUACAACCUCGUCUCCUCCUCGAGGCAGCGGGUGAUGACGCCGGCGCCGCCCCUAGCCCCUUGCCCUCUGCCCGGCCUUCCUCCUUCGCUGUCCCGCUCCGUCCUGGCAUCGCUAUCAUCGUCGGAGUCCUUACUAUCAUCUUUUGCCUUACCUUCCUCCUCCUCCUCUACGCCCGGCAUUGCAAGCAUAGCACCGCCUCCUAUGGCACGGGACGCGGCGCCACCGGGGGGCCCCUGACCUCCGCAUCUGAGAGGCGGCAUUCCGGGGUGGAUCACGCGGUGGUGGAGUCGCUCCCAGUCUUCCGGUUCGGAUCGCUGCAGGGGCAGAAGGAGGGCCUGGAGUGCGCGGUGUGCUUGAGCCGGUUCGAGCCCGCAGAGGUGCUCCGUUUGCUGCCCAAGUGCCGCCACAGCUUCCACGUCGAGUGCGUCGACACAUGGCUCGACGCCCACUCCACCUGCCCGCUCUGCCGCGUCCGCGUGGACCCAGAGGACGUCCUCCUCUUUCCUCUACAGGAACCGGAGCCGCACGGCGGCGGGGAGAAGGCCGAGGUCAAGGGGCGCAGUGAUGCGACCGCCACGGCCGUGCCGAACCCAUUCGGGCGCAGGAUCUCCGGGCGGCACUCCUGGGCCGGGGAGAGGACGAGCGAGCCGCUCGAGAUCGUGAUGCACCCAGCCGAACCGAGACGGAGGCGCUCGGUGGAUUGCCCCGGCUGCGCCACCGCCGCCCAUGCCCCGACGGUUCGGAGGGACGCGCUCCUCCGGGCGGAGGCGGCGAAGGACAGCGAGGCAUGUUGGAAUUAAACUUGUUUAAGUGUCAUAAAAAGGUUCAUUGCAUCAAGUGGGAGAAUCAUUACAUCAAGAAGAAAAAAUGGAUUAAAAGUCUAUAGAAGAAUAAAUCAAAUUGGUUAUUGGUUCUUGAAAGAGUUUCUUGAAAGAGAAUGAUUCAUCUUGAAUACAAUUAAUAUAAUGUAUCUUUGGGAACUAUAUAAAUCCCAUAUGUUAGGUCUAAUAGAGUUUCUGAAAUUGUAAAAAUAUUUUUUGAGAGAAAUAUAGAAGAUUGAAGCUUAUCAUA